AUAGGGAACUGUUCUGUAGACGUGGCGUACAUGUAUAUUAGAGUAUCACGCACUGGAAUCCAGACACACUCUGCUUUGAAGACUGAUUCAUUCCAACCGUUGCACCAGUGGAAUCUAAAGGAUGGCCGCUCAACCUGAAAACGAGAACCCAAUCCGAGUCCGAAAGAAUGCGAAGGGAUUCGAGGAACAUUAUGUAUGUAGGGAACAUAUCGUUAUAGAUGAUAUGGAGAGGAGGAACUGGCCCAUGAGGCUUAAAACAGUGGCUCAACCAAAUGAACAACCACGUAUGGGCGUAGUUCCACAUUAUCCUCGACCUGUAGAGUUCCAUUGUUCAAUAGUAUCUCACGUCACAACUACAGAUGGUAUGACAGGGAUUCGGGACCUCACAGGAUUUCGUGGAGGGGAUAGGAGACUCUUGUGGUGGGGGACACUGAUUGGUGAAGACGAGAUCACUACUGCAGAGGAGAGGUACCUGGAGAAACUCUUCCCUAAACGGAGUCCAGAAGAGAGAGAGCGACAGAAGCCUUUCCUGCAUGAAUUCACCACCUCUCCUGUGUUUACGGAUGGCUCUCGCUAUGGAAACUUCCGGUUCACUUUCUCACUGGCUGAUGUUAUGAACGCGUACAGAAGCCAGUUCUGUGGAGAAGAAGAGCCUGUCCUUAGAGUUUAUGAGACUGUAACCUACACGCAGGAGGUCAUGUAUGUUGUGCUGAUUCAUAGCCCUGAUGUUCAUGAUUAUGAUGAUUACCCAGUGUGUGCUUACAAGGAUGGAGAGAUCAUCUGGCAUGCUCAAGCCAUCUCUCAAACACACAGCUAUAGACUGAUUGAAAACAGAGAUGAGAAACAAGUAGAAGCCGUAGAAUAUGGGGAUUUCGAAUUUUAUGUGUGGGAUCACAUGAGCCUGGCCUUUCACAUGCCAGAAGGUACAAUUCUAGAAUUCUCUUUGGAGACGCUUCUGGAGGCUCUCACUGCGUGUGAUAUUGGACACAUAAAACUGAAUGAUUUCAUUGGCAGAGAGAGAGCAGAAGAGAUCAUUCAGGAAAUGAAGGCCAAUGCAUAACAUGAGCUUUAGAGUCCCAGGGCCCUAAUUUAAUUGGCAACGAGCAAAGUCCUCCGCGCAUGACCUGAAGCUACUUUAAUAUAAUUUAGCCAAUUUAAUACCAUGUAAAUGUGAGUGUAUUUUUGACUGUAUUAUUGAGUUUCUUUAAAAAUUAUUAGGUGUGUGGUUGUAGGUUCAUUUGUGUUAUUACACCUUAAAGUGUUUGGUGGAGAUAAGUUUGCUUUUUGUUGUGUGUAAGUUUGAAAGAUAGGCUUUCCCUUUCUGCUACUGAGGUCUUAUGACUGCAAUAUGAAUAUUGGUGCAAACACAAAUUCCUUGUCCUAACAGAACAGGAGAAACAUAUUAGCAGGACCAUGGGGACCUCUUUUAGGUAGUCAUAAGCCACAAUGUAACAUUUUAAACAGUAGCAGGAAGGAUGCUGACAUACAUAAUUGACAUCAUGGUACGGAGCAUGUGAUGACAACUGAAAGACAGUUUUUUUACCACUCAGACACGUCUCUCUUAAGCACACCGCCAUCUUUAUGUGUAUUAAUCAUGUGUAUCAUGCCCUUUUCUGUAAUAGUGUGAAUUUGACACAACUAUAAUAUCUGUCUGUUUAUUAAAUGUUUUAUCGUCUCAACAAAAGCACAGGUCUAUCAGUCUUUUUAUUUCACAAAAUCACUUGAUGAAGAAAG